AUGGCCAUCCAUGGGAACAAUCAGAUUUCUUUUGCGAGAGCAAGAGAGAACCGCUGGCGACAUGCCACGACGACGACUCUUGGUGAGAUGGGCAAGGAUUCAUACGCUGAUUGCGUCCACCACAAUGGCAGAUUCUACACGGUGACGAUGCAUGGGGCGGUCGAGGCAUGGGAUCUUGACAAAGGGCCGACGCAUCAACCAGGCAAACAGGCGAUCAUCGCCGACGGGGACGGAAGACAGCGGAGGAUUCUCACCCGGUUCCUGGUGUCCACCCCCUGGGGUGGUCUCCUGGAGAUACGAACCCAGCGGCGCUCCGAUCAUCCCAGGAGGGUCAAUGUUGAGGCGUUUGAGGUCGAUGUCGAGGAGCGCAGGCUCGUCAGGCUGAGCUCUGCCACGGCCUUCCGGGAGCACGCGGUGUUCGUCGGGUUGAAUGAGUCCGUAUGCUUGGUUGCCAAAGAGUGUCCGGGGCUAAGGCCCAACCAUGUCUACUUUGCCACGCCUUGGCUGACGCAUGAAGAAAAUUUUGGUGUCCAGGGCUGGAAAGGGGUGGUGAUUUAUGACUUGGAAAGCCAGACGUUCGAGCAAGUUCUUCAUGCAUCUAAGUAUUCUGUAUUUUGUCCCCAGCAGGUUUGGUUCAUUCCAAAUAUCUGA